UUCAACAUGGCGGCAGGGGCAACUAAAAGUGGAAGUUCGGGGAUAUUUUGGAUGAAAAGUGUGUCAGAUGAGGAGCAGCCCUUGGUGUUUGUUCCUGGAGUGGAUGGAGAGGUGAAAACUCAGACCUCUUUCAGCCUGGGACCAGGCAACACCAGUACAUUCAGUAAAAGAGGCACCAAAAUGUGGGGAGCAGCCAGGCGUAGAUCUGACUGCAAGAAUGAAGCUACACUAAAGAAAGGUGGCAAGAAACAGGCUCACUUACAAAAUGAUCACUCUGAGGCUUAUACCAAGGAAAAAGUGUCACUCCCUCACAGUGCGCUUGUGGCAAUAGAGCACACACCUUCCCUUGCCUCUGACACGUUUCUCCCUUCAUCACAGGUGUUUUCUGAGACCAGUGGAGCCAGGAGCCAGGUCUGUUUGAAGGACCUCUGUCCUGAAGAUAAGCGCCGAAUUGCAAACCUCAUCGAAGAACUAGCCAGAGUGAGCGAGGAGAAAGAAGAGUCAGUGCAGCGUCUGAAAGAUGAACAGGAAAAUUUUGAACGCAAGAUCCAUCAGCUGGAGCAGCAGAAUGUGAUCAUAGCACAGGAGAGAGAGAGCAUGCAGCAGCAGUACAGAGAGUGCCAGGAGCUGCUUGGGCUCUACCAACAAUACCUUUCCCAGCAACAGGCGAAACUCAAUGAGUCCAUUGCCCAGCUCAGUCAGGCGCCAGCCCACAGCAAGGUGCUCAGUAGUGAGGAAGCCCGCAGCAGAACAUCUACUAGCAGAGCUAAUGGCUCCCUCUAUGAUGGUUCAUACCUCAGCUAUGCUGCUACCCAAGCAAAUCAACCUCAAGUUCGCAGAAGUGGGGAUGGAGGAAGAGGAGCAGUACAAACUUUGGGCAACCCUACUUCUCUUUCCUGUGUUAGUGAGUUCAGUCCAUCCGAUGGGCCAAUCAAUGAGCAUAGGAUUUACAAAAGGGAGUGCAGGGAGCCACACCCAGAGCCCUGCCACAGAUAUGAGCACUGUCAAGGUAGUGGUCAAGACAGUGGCUAUGGAACACAGCAACGGAGAAGGGAUAAUAGCUCUCAUCUAGAGAAUGGCCACCAUGACACCUUGAACCAACAUGAGUGUGAGAGAUUCCAGUGUGGGGCUGCUAUGGGCUCGGAGGCCAAGGAAGCCCUGACUAGGCCUCUACUGGGUCAUGAGGACUGGGAGGAGAAGAGACAUCAGCUGCUGCUGCAGAAGAUGCAGUUGGAGAUGGAGAGAGAGAGGCUGCAGGCACGGCUUGAUGAGCAGGAGGAGAGGCUCAACAGACAGAAACAACAGCUCUGUCAGUCGCGUCUUGAUCACAGCAGGUUUCAACAAGCUACUCAGGCUGAGGUCAGCAGCUCAAACAUUAGGAAAGGAGAUCCACAGCUGGAUGGUCCCUCCCACCAAGAUUUACCCUCCAGUGUGCGUGGAGAUGCAGAGCUGCAUCCUACGGAACAGAACUUGCCUGACCAAUGCUCACAACCUGUAGCUGCUCCUCUAGAUAAUGGUAUGCAGACACAUGAGGCCUUAGAGCGGUCCAGAAGGGACAUGGCCACGUCUCCUGCAAAAUCCCCUGUGAGCCUGUGUAAGCCCACCUCAGUAUCCCUGAUACCUGAGACCCCCGAGGCCAGGUUGGACUUUUCUGUGGUUGAGUUAUUGGAUGUCUUUAGUCCUGUCUCUGCUCCUGAGCAAAGCAAGCUGUCCACUCGAAGGACCAAAAUGACACAACGUAGGCCGGCCCUUGCUACCCCCAAACCAGUGGGCAGAACCCUGCUUGCCCCUUCAAGGCCUCAUCUCCAAAGUACCCAGCAAGAUCUGGAGGAAAGCCAAAUACUGGAGGAUAUUUUCUUCAUUUGCUGACGAGGAAGAAAAUGAGGAGCAGGAACAAAAAACAAUCCAGUCACUUGAUAUUUUCCUGUUUGGACUCAACCUUUAAAAUUUAAAUUUUCUAUUGACAUUCUAAAUCAGAAUGAUCAUGAUGUUGUAGAACGAGAUCUUGUUAUUCUGUAAUUUUUAAUACAAAUAAACAAUUAUUUAUUCAGAAUUGGUUAUGACUCUAGUUUUUAAUUGAGAUCUUCUGUUGGCACUGGAAGAAAACUUUACCACUGAGCUACGUUGAUUGUCUCUGAAGACCUUGAUGGUACAAAUGCUAAAUGAACCUUAUGACACACAAUUGGACAUUGUGAAUCCAACUAAAAUGUAUUAUCCAUAAAUUAUGUAACCUCAGUGAUUCACCACAAGCAUACAGUCAGUUGUUUCAUGGCCUAUCCUGUGACUGCAUUUCAAGGAAAUCCGUUUAUAUCCAUUAUCUGUUUAUGAGAUAAACUGUUGAUGACAUAUCACCUUCAAAUUGGGGAUAAUUUUGGUAGUCUCAGAAUAAAAUACAAUAAAAUGUGAGUGAUCUUGUAUUGAUAAGUUACUACCAGUAAUUAUGACACGACACAAGGCACUUUAUUCUAGACUGUGCUUUAUUAUUGGGCUAAGCUGAGACGCAUCAUUCAUUUAAAAUUACAAAAAAAGACUCCAGGGGACCAGAGACUGGUGCAGUCUGGAGAGACGGGGGCGGGAGCCUAAAGCGCACUGCCCAAUCAGAAGCUUAGCUCAUCAGGAACCUGGCAAAGCUUAAUAAGCAACAUUCAUUUCCCCACCCUCCAUAUGUGCUGAAAUUGGGAAACAGAUUUCCAGAAUACUUUGAAAACCAUAUGAAGUAAAAUGUGAUUCUAGCAACUCUACUGAGCUUGAGAAAUAAAACCAUUGACAACAGCGCUGAAGAAAUGAUAGUAACUCAAUAUUUUCUUUGAUGAGAUAGUGCAGUUUUCAUUGAAUUUUGCUCUUGGUAGAACACAUCAGUUGAACAAGAUCAGAGCUCUGUCAAACAAUACAAAGCAGGAUGGGAAAAUAGAAGGAGAGCUAUAAAGUUUUUGAAAUCAGGCCUCGUAAUCAAGCAGUUAAUCAGGGAUCAACAAUAAAUCAGACAUUAGCUCAUUACAAAUUAGCAGCAACUUAUAGUGACCUCAAGGCAUAUGUUUUGUUGAAUACAUAUCUGAUUGAGCAGUUGGUUUAAGAGGGAGUGUUUAACUAGGAAUCAUUUCAACUUUGUUAAGUACUUACAAUAUGGAGGCAAAUGGAACUGAAAAUCAAAAGGGGAAACUUCCAAUCAGCAUCUUUUUAACAAUCUUUUAACAAAGCUAACUUUUUUCUUCUUUUUUUUUUUUUUUUUUUUUUUUU